AUGGCCGAUUCCAGGCGGCAGUCGCUGUUCUUCGCCACGGUUCCAGAUUUACAGAGACUCUGUGCUGUCCGGAUAGUGCUGCGCAGGGGGCCGGCAGACCCUGAGGUUCGGAGCACACAAAUGAAGAUGUGCAGGCAAUUGCUGUUUUUACACGAAGAUAUUCUUGCAUCGCCUGUGCCUGGAAUAUUUAGCCAAAUUUGGGUGGUGAUGGCGAUACCAUUUUAUAAAGCUGGAAAACUUAAUGCCUAUAUUGAAAAAUAUGGAGCUAAGGCAGAGGCGCCACAAAGAGUAAUUCCUGUAAUUCUUCAAAACUGCCUUUCGUAUUCCCUCACGGCUAGACUUGCUCCAGCCUGGAAUAAAACUGGCCAUCUCUUGGUGCAAGGAAGAGAGUUUCUUUCUCAGAUGGGAAAGCAAAAUGCCGUUGUAUUAGACAUCAAUGUAACAGAAAGUCAAGUUUGUCUAAGUGUAGAAGCUUACACAGUCAGACUGCCGCCACCUGAGCUAAAAGAAUUUGGUAUUUCGCAAAGUGUCAUAAAGGAGUUUGACGCUCACGAGAAUGCUGUCAUUGAGGGGCACUCGAUUUUAAGCGACUGGUGCUAUGUGUUGCCAAGUAUGAAAAUGGGACAGAUACUAAGUAUUGUUCAUACCGCGCCCCCUGACUCUCCUUUUCACUCAUAUAAAGAUUUCCAGAUGCACUGGGAUGCCCUGUACGGCUAUAAACUUCCAGAAGACCAUGGAAGCACUAACGUAUACUGCAGCAUCUACUUCAGGACCAUAGGCGGGAGGGUCUUCACAUACCCUCUCAGCUGCAUCCGAAGUCAGCCCGUACAGUUCUUUCCGAGGGUGGAUUUGGAAGGUGUGUUGAAAAGUUUUCUUUCAGAUUUAAAGGCUAAAUUGCCCCAUAUAUGUGGAUUUCCCAUUAAGAUGACAACGAAAUCGUGCUACUACACCCAAGAACUAACUAAACCACGAAUACAGGAAAACAAAAUCAAGCCACCCAAUCUGACCUCAAAACAAAUGUUGCAGUGCUCUCUGACUCAGGCCCCUUCCACAGGACCCUCCCCGGCCCAACGCCUGCCACCACGUUCGGGAGCCCUGGACCCCAGGGUGGGGCUUCGGGUCGGCCAGCAGAAGCCCUGCAGGCCCUCAGCUCCACCUCCGCGGCUCGGCUCUGCUCGGAGCCGCAGGGAAGCCCCGUCUGCCGAGGAGGCACUGCAAGUGCGAGUGCGUCUGGAAGCAGCAAAGCCCACGAGAGGGAGCGCUCACGCUGAAGACGCGAGUUUUAGCUCCCAAGGUGACAUGGCCGCUAAGCUCGUACCAGCCUUCAAAAGUCGGUCAGGACAGAUGAACAAAAAUGUCUCAGAACCCGGCGACCUGGAACGAAAACCGCAUGUUAUGGAAUCGAAGUUUUUGCUUAAAACCAAUGUGAUCCAACAUGACAGACCAAAUUUAGACCCAGCUAUUAAACAAAGAUCUAAUCGUAACACUCAGACGAAUGCUAGGAAUUUAAACCAGAAGACUUCUAGACCUCUGCAAGAAAAAAAGACUGAGUCCUGUGAAGAUGUGACAAGAUAUCCCCCUUUUAAUGGAAAAUCAUCAGCUGCGAGUAUCAAUGGAAGUCAGCGACUCUCUGGUAGCUCAGGAUUUCAGAUGUCAGAUAAGAGAUUACGUGGGGUAAGAAGGGCCGUUGACUGCCAGGUGAAUGGGAAAGAAAUUUUAACAAGCAAAUACAUAGCACAGAUUUUAGGGAAAGGCCACGAGUCACUACAAGUGAAAAGACCACAUAUUUUUGAGUCAGACACGGAAAUGGAAGAUACCCAACUACUGCAUCAGUCAGUAAAUCCAACUACAGAAAUUGAUGUAAGUGACCACAGAUUGAUAGCAAGCAGAACAGCCCACAAGUCCAAAAGGAAGCUGUGUCAGGGGUCUUCAAAAACUGCCAGGCAGCCUGGUUCCAGUAGUACCCAUCGUGGACAGUCCAGUUCUUCUGUGAACCAGAUACAUGACUUGGACAGAUCAAAACCUAAGAAACCUCUCAUCCCUGAAGCUUACAACAUGGGUAUGAAAACAGGAAAUACCCAUCAGGCCGAGGCCUUCAGCUCCUUGGAGCCGGAGCCAGGGCCACAUGAUUUCUUCCCAGAAGAGGGUACUUUCCCCGCGGGGGUGGCUUCCCAGAAGCAACAGAUGUUCGGCCUCAAAGACAAAUUCGACCUCAUCUCUUAA